AUGUCGUUCGUUCAGGAUACCGCGACCAUCCUUGCAACUCCAGCCGCCACAACUUCGGCAUCCGCCAUGCAAUCUGUCAACUCUACAGCAAUUACCACCGCCCAAUAUUCGCUGCUCUCGUCGCCUCGCGAGCUCCUCACUCUCCCAUUACGUGGUUUGCGCCAGGCAGAGAGCCUUGCCUUUUCGACUAUUCCGCGACAACUCUCGAGGUUAGUGGGGCUACCGGAUAUGGCGACUCGGAUCUCAGGUCAUGCCCCUGGAACAGGAUCAGCGGCCGAUGCGGCGGUAGCAGCAACACAGGCGGUGGCUGGAGCGGCAGGAGAGAGGAUGGCUGAUGCUGCCACGCAAAUGGAAACAGGUGUUUAUUUGGCAGAGUUUCUCCAAGCAAUGAGGAGAUUUAGCGGGUUCUUUUCAUAUCUGACCAGUCGGUGGUCCUUGGCUUGUUUUGCAGUGGGUAUAAUUUUGAAUCGUAUCACGAUCUAUGCUUCGACCAGACGACAUCUCACUCUAGACUUUCACCGACGCAUGGCGCUGCGAAUCAUUCCCAUUGUACUGUUCAUCUCUCAGAUCCUCGUCUUACUUCGUGCUAUACGGUGUCAAACAUCUCCUGAUUACCCCCUCAUCCGUUACGGAACCUCUGGGAAACGGUUGUCGCUUGAUCAUGCUGGUGGGGGCGGGUUCCUCUAUUCUCUCAGUUCCACACUUUUAUCAUGGGAGUCCGAUCAACAAUCCUGCAGCGCGGUGAAGAUGGGUCGGCCCGCCAACGAAUCGGAUGUUUCUUACGGCUCAUUCGUUUUCUUGUGGCCUGUUUUUUUGCGGCUCUGUCUCAGCCACUUUGUUGAGACCCUCUCUUGCGCUUUGCAGGGAAGAGCGGUCGUGACCGAGGCUGGCAUGUCUAUCUUUGAGCAUUCCCUUGCCUUCGCCGAGGCAGAGUCGAUGAUAAGUCAAUCCAUUGGCUUUGGGUUAUUUGGCCUUUCCAAGCACGCCAGCAGCAAGGACAGCUCGUCAUCUUCCAGCGAGUCCGCCCACUCGAAUCUUCAGCUGCUUAGCAGAUCGCAGGUCUUGGAACGAAUGAACGUUACUCCCGAGUUGCUCUUGAUUGCUUUGAUCUCUUGUUGCAACAGCUUGACGUCCAACAUUUUGGACGUGCUCGGUCAACAAAGCCGGUAUCGCCUAUUCAAUACCGCUUUCUGGGGUCUUUGCUUUAUGUCUGCUAUGGUAUGGGGUCUAUUGACUGGCUCACCGACGGGCAGCGACACUGGCGUACUUAAAUUUCCCACGGUUUGCAUUGUUGACUUUGUACCUCACCUAUUGGUAUUACUAGGCAUUGUCAUUUGUGCGAUUAUUUAUGUAGUCGCUCUCCUGAUCACGGCUUUCUCAUUACCAAUGGACGAUGGGCAGCCGCUUUCGCUUCGCGAACGAUUUUCACUCGCCCACGAAAACAUGCAAGGAGCGAACCAGAUUCGGAAUAUCCGCUUCAACCGGCAUGAGGAUUUCUACACCACAUUACUCCGGAUUGGGUACACUGCUUUAACUGCUGCUAGUGAAGCGGUCUUUCUGAAUGAAGGGAAAGCGGUCGUUGCACGUCCGAUGACAUGGUUGGAGGAGGAUAGACUGGCGGAGAUUGAAAAGUCCCGACGUUCACGCUCCUUCCAGCGCAGUUCAAGGUCCUACGACCAGGACGUGCCAUUUACAGGUGUCGAACCGAUCACCUUCGAUAUUUCAGAACCAUCGCCAGAAUGGGAAAGUGGGUAUGGAAAGGAGAAACAGAUCGAGAAACCUAAAGGCGGACCACGGUCUGUACGGUCUCAAACCGACCCUGGCAGUGUUGGCGCAUUCCGAGGCGCGACCAGAUGCUACCACGGCUUCUCUUUCUUUCGUGGCAUUUUCUAUCUCAUCUUCAAGUGGAGCGCCUAUGGAUUCGACAGAAUACUCGACCGAAUCGGCCUCAGUGCGCGACCACAAUGGCUGAAGGUUCUACUGGGGUCACGCCGACGGGGCCAAGAGGGAAAUAGUAGCAGUCGGGCAGAAUCGCUGGAUUUCUGGAUCCUGACUGAUGAAGGCGAACUUGAGCUUCCUGGAGACUAUGAGUUCGACGUAGAAAAGGAAAUGCGAAAGAGGGAGCUUUCCAUUGCACCGAAAUGGGAGGAAUCUGACGAGAAGCGUCUCGAUGAGAAGCUCUAUGGUUGGUGGAGAGCCGGCGGCUCGUGGGGUAACCAGGAUCAAAGUCCCGACUAUGUACCCUCUGACAGCGACGAUCUUUGUGAUACCACCAGCGUCGUAUCUAUGUCAACAAAUGCUGAAUCAGAGUGGGAAGACGAAUCUGAUGGCCGACGUACACCUACUCAACGCAGCCCAUACCCAGCAGGUGUCUCGCGGGAGAGCACCCCUGUUGACGAGCCGUUGGUGGAUGUUGGCUCUUUAGCGCGCCUCCUCGACCCUCGUGACCAGGAAAGCCGACAUGAGGCACGUAUCCUAGCUGCUCAUCUAGCUGCCGGGCGAGAUGGGCGCAUUAUGACGCGACGUCAAUUCCAGCAAAAGAUGGAGCGCGAGAGAGCGCAGGUUCUUCUAUCCUCCCGGUUCUCAGGGAGUUCUGGGCAGCAGACGGGUAAAGAGAAGCGGAAACCGACUCCGGAAGAAGAAUCUGAGAUGCUCGAGAAGUUCAUUCUGACUCGUCGAUCGGAAGCCAAUCGUGCCAAUCCUGAGGCGCAGACGUGGGAAUCAGGCGCCUCGGGCCUCGGACCGGACGGUCCACCGUGUGUUAUCUGCCAGGCCAAUCCACGUUCGAUCAUAACAUGGCCAUGCCGAUGCCUUUGUAUAUGCGAGGAAUGCAGAGUGAGCCUUGCUAUGAACAAUUUCGGCAGCUGUGUGACCUGCCGCCAGGAGGUUGGAGGGUUUGUAAGGUUAUGGGUACCAUAG